CUGAAGCGACCCUUGGAUGAUGCCACAGCAGUAUACCGGCCGUUCAAACGACAGAGGUCUGAGCUCAACUUCAGAUACCUGGAGCUUCUCAACGAAGAGAUCCAGGAUGCUGCCCAGCGGAUUUCGUUUGGCGACCAGGAACCCCUUCCAGCCAGUCAGAUAGGACUCACGAUCUGGUCCCCGGCAGAAAAGCAAAGCUUUUUCGAGGCCGUAGCACGCCUCGGCAAACACGACUUGCCUGGUAUUGCUGCCAGAGUCGGCAGCAAAAGCAUUGUGGAAGUCAGCCAGUACCUGAUGCAUCUCCACGAUGCUUGCGAUUCGAGGCGCCAGCAAGUGUCUCGCUCCAUCCUAGAGCUUGCAGAGUAUCCCGCCGCUGUCGAGAUCAGCCAGCAGUGCUGCCACGCGCAGGAAGAGGCUGCUGAUGAAAUCUCCGUCAAGCAAGAGGUUCGCGAGGAGAUGAGGGAACAGAGCCGGUGGGGGGACAUAUGGGAUGUUACCCCAAAGGUUGCCAAGAAGCUGAGCAGAGAUGUUCAUCUUCACAGCCAGGACGCAAACAUCCCUAGCGAUGUGCCUCAGUUUGCUCAGCUCUUCCAUUUGUCAAAGUGGCUGGAGCUAUCGGCGCGCCUGUUCAUGAACUCCUCAGUCCCCGCCAACAACUGGAAUUCGAUUGAUGAGGAUCCUCCCUCCAUGUGGGCUACGACAUUCGACGACUUCUACUCCUUGGCCGUGUCAGUCACUCGAAGGCUUGUUCAGACAACGCUGUUUAUGGCCAUGUCCAGGAUUCGGUCCAAGACCGCCAUCGGCUGGAAAAUCAGAGACAUGGUUCUACCGCAGGAUGUCGAGGCAGCCAUCUCGUCCCUCAAUAUGGCUUGCAAGUCGAACGAAGCAUGGAUCGGCAGUGCUCGUAGACUACGUCUCGAUGUGUACGAAGAGCCCCCAGAAUGGGAUGAGGAACCUGAAGAAGACCGCAUGACCUAUGAACAAGUGGAACGAGCCUUGUCAGACGGGACACCAACCGGACCACAGCAGCGACCGCAGGCAGUUCUCCAAUCGUUGACACAGCCCAUCCAUUCCGAGAAUGAAGACGACAUGUUCUCAGACGCUUCCGUCGACUCCAGCAGAUCAGUUUCCCCUACCGAUGAAGAGGAGCAACAAGUCGAUUUGGAAACGAGGGAAGUCUUGGAGUACACAAUUGGCGACAUCCGGCCAGAUAAAGCUACGAGAAAGGCUCUGAGGGCGUGCAUCGCCACCGACCGACUGAAAGAGAGGCAAGCUGAGGAAGCUGAUCAGCAUGCCAGCUAUAAAGCAGAACUCGACAUGUGGAAUUUGCUGCAGAAGCAGCCGCCCAUGGAUCUACCUAAGAGACAGGAUCCUGGUCCACCUCGACGUUCGGCCCAGAGCAUGGACAACUUCUUCCCCAGCGGGCGAGAUUGGGCGCGCAAGCUACUCUACCACAGCGAGUGGGAA